AUGGCCGAUAAAGAAGGACGAAGUCCCUCUUUGUUUCAAAAGAUAAAAAAGGAUAUUUCCGACUGGGUUCUCGUCUCUCCGGUUUUUAAAGCGGCUAUUUAUUGGCUGGUUAUACUAACGGGGUCAUUUCUACACGACUUUUUUCCUUUCCCUCAAUCGUAUCUCUCAAACAAGAGGAAUGUAUUCAACGUGUACUUUGUAAAGCUGGGCUGGGGUUGGACUCUUGGUCUUAUGAUUCCAUUCAUGUGCUUAACCUCGCUUGUAUACACCUCUUGCGACCCGUUUGCGAUGUUAAAGCACCUCAGCAGGUUGGCCGUGGGGACGNUCUCCGGUUUUUAAAGCGGCUAUUUAUUGGCUGGUUAUACUAACGGGGUCAUUUCUACACGACUUUUUUCCUUUCCCUCAAUCGUAUCUCUCAAACAAGAGGAAUGUAUUCAACGUGUACUUUGUAAAGCUGGGCUGGGGUUGGACUCUUGGUCUUAUGAUUCCAUUCAUGUGCUUAACCUCGCUUGUAUACACCUCUUGCGACCCGUUUGCGAUGUUAAAGCACCUCAGCAGGUUGGCCGUGGGGACGUUUGGUUGGUAUUUUUGGGUGAACUUCUUUGUAUUCUUUGAAGAGCAGACCGGUUUCUGUGAAGGAGAAGAAACGCUAACUUCUAAGAGGAUUUGCCACCUUCAGGGAUUUCACUGGGAUGGAUUUGACAUAUCAGGACACACGUUUCUCUUAACCUACAGUGCCCUUAUCAUUACCGAAGAACUCCAAGUCAAGCAAUGGUUUAGCUCAACAAACUCAGAAACUGUCCCACCUCCGCAUUUCAAGCACCUCAGCCCCCUCAUAGCAGCUGUCAUAGAUGCGUUCUUCACCGGUUCAGCAUUGUUACUUCUUCUGUGGGAAUUCAUGCUCGUUUGCACGACUUUGUACUUUCAUACUGUUCUACAAAAGGUUUUUGGGGCUCUCAUUGCCUUCUUUACGUGGUAUAUUACUUAUGGAAUUUGGUAUAAAGAAAACCUGUCACCUGGGUUACCAUGGACACUUACGUAG